CGUCACAAUUCAUCAUCACAUCUUUCUCGUUUCUCCUCAUUUUAAAACCCAUCCAACCAAACCCUUUCCCAAUUCUCAUCAUCAAUUCCCAAAUCCCAUUCCCUUUCCAUUUCUCGGAUUUUUUCACAACAAUGAUCGGCGUUACAAACACAAACACCACCAAUUCCGGCUCCAAAAAACGACACCGUAUCACCACCACAAACAACAACACCAAUCCAUCAUCAACCCUGACGACGUCAUCAUCUUCUUCAAUUCGCAGAUCCAAUUCUCGCCAUUCUAUCAUUACACCUUAUGUUUCUAAUGGAUUUAACGAUCCUUCCACCGCUGACGUCAUCCUCCGUCUCUACCUCGAUCAAUCCUCCCCCUUUCAUGAUUCCGAACAUCAAAUCUCUCAUGAUUCUUCGUCUGAUGAGUUUCAGAUUUAUCUGCACUCGCGUGUCCUCACGCGCUCUAAGUAUUUCUCCGCCCUUUUGUCCGACCGCUGGAAAAAAGAUGACUCAGGUGAAAUUGAUUAUUAUAGGUUUAAUUUAGCUGUGACGUCAUCUACCGGAUCGGUUAAUAGUUAUGUUAGUGUGCUUCAACUGUUAUAUAGUAAUGAUCUAUCGAGUGCUAUCGAUAAAGUAUCGACGGCACUCGAGUUAUUGCCGAUAGCUUUAGAAUUGUUGUAUGAGGAGUGUGUAACUGCUUGUGUGAGGUAUUUAGAAGCGGUUCCGUGGAGUGAGGAAGAAGAGAGGAUAGUGUUGAGUUUGAUUCCUUUGUUAAGAGAAGAGGAGAGUUCGGAACUGUUGGCUAGGGUUUCACCUCCAAAAUCGGAUUUAUCGGAGGAAAUGUUGCAUGGAUUGAUACUGACUGCGAUUAAUUAUCAUCCGAAUAUGGCGUUUGCGAAGGCGUUUGUUGCGAAGUUAUUGAGGGAUUUCUCCAGUAGGGAGUCUGCGAGGAGAGUGUUGGAUAAGUCGUUUGAGACUAGUUUGAAGGUUGUUAAGGAGUCUUUGGAGGAGUAUUCUAGUCCAGAUUUUAGAGGAGAUCAUAAUGAGACGGAAGCAAUACAAAGGUUGAAUUUGCAUACGGCGAUGACUAAUGGGAGGCAUUUGUUGUGGCUGAUUGAAAGGAUGAUUGAGCUGAGAGUGGCGGAUACGGCUGUUAAGGAGUGGAGUGAACAAUCUGCGUUUACUGCUGAUUUGCAGAGGGCGUUUAGGGAUGAUGCGUGGAGGAAUAUUGUUCCUGGUCUUCCUGCUGUUGUUUUGAGGUGUACUUGCAAGCUUGCCAAUGCAGUUUCUGCUGGUGUAAUUUUGGCUUCUAGACAGGUUAGGAUGAAGCUCGUGAAAGAUUGGCUGCCAGUGUUGAUAGUAUGCAAAGACAAUGUCACGCCAAUGCUUAUUAAUAAUAAAUCACUCUAUCUAGAACUGGAAGAAACAUUUUUAAAGAUCAUAUCGACUCUGCCCAUGUCUGAAGCCCAAGAAUUGCUGCAACUGUGUCUCAGUUUCUCAACUAGAAAUGUGGAAGACUGCCCUCAUUUAGUCUCGGCAUUCACCACCUGGUUUCGCCGUGCCAACUGUCAAUUACAAGGUGAUAACCAACUUCCUUGAGCGUUACCAAGCCUAAAUUGGUGCUCUAUUCCCAUGAAGUUAUAACUUAAAGGUAUACUAAACAUUUUGUUUGGAACUUUGUCCCUUGUACAUACAAGUGCUUUGUUGUGUAUGUAAAUUAUCGUGAAAAAUUAGUCCUUGUCUUAGUAAAUUUUGGAGUAAUUGGCGUCAGUCAUUCUCAAGAUUUGUUAAAAAGGGUUGGUCGUGAAGUCCGUUUUUCAACUAUAGAACCGGAUGGUUUGAAAGCAUGAUGUUGAGGUUUAGAAAUUAUAAUCAGGAUUACUAAUCUGAUAGAGGUUACACCACGAGCUGCUUGGGUAACAACUCAAAUUAGGUAGUUGAAGAGAUGUAGUCUAAUUAGGUAUGGUUGAAGAGAUGUAGUCUUUAGAACAUCAGGUGUGGAUGUAGGAUGCAAAACCAUCUAGAGUGUCAUCUCAACGUCAUAUCAGCUUUCAUCAUUUUAUCAGUUUUAAGCAGUUAUGGACUCAGAACCACCCAGAAUGCAAAACACUACUUUUCUUAUUUAUUUAAAUAUAUCACAUAUAUUAUUUCUCUAA